CUGCGCAGGGGUUAGUUAGGCUGAGUUAGUUCUGUCACCAGGUCUGCAGUUCCUGGUCUCUCAGGGACAUAAAAUUUCAGGGGUGGAGGUGAAGUGGAGGAAUCCACCAUACAUCUCUGCACCCUUGCAGAAUUUCAGUCUGGGGUCCAGGCACCCUACAGCACCCCCCUCUGUAAUCCUCUGAGCUCCCACCCUCACUCGUGUCUCUGGGAGGCUCUGAGGCAAAGGGGUGUGGCCCCCGUGGGGUGGGGUGGGGUUGAGACACUGGCCAUAGAGCCACCUGUGUGACACAGGAGCUCAGCUAUAUACCCUCUGCCAGCCAGGCCAAGGGAGAGGAGAUCCAGGGACACGCCUUGCCCGCACUGCCUCUUGUGAUAGGAGAGAGUCAUGAACCCCGAGUCUCUGCUCCCCUAUCACACAGCCCACAGCCGCUCCGCAGUGGGCAUGUUCAACAGGGCCAUGGGGAAACUACAGCGACACCUGCACAAGGGGGAGUACGACAUCUUCAAGUACGCGCCUAUAUUUGAGAGCGACUUUAUCCAGAUCACCAAAAGGGGAGAAGUUAUCGAUGUGCACAACCGGGUCAGAAUGGUGACCGUGGGCAUCGCGUCCACCAGCCCCAUCCUCCCGCUACCGGACGUCAUGCUGCUGGCCCGACCGGCCACCGGCUGUGAAGAGCAUGGCGGGCGUGGCCAGGCCACCAAGGGAAAAGGCCGCAAGGCUACCAAGACCUUAGAGCUCACCAGGCUCCUUCCCUUGAAGUUCGUGAGGAUCUCCAUUCACAACCGCGAGAAACAACAGCUGCGCCUCAAGUUCGCCACUGGCCGCUCGUGCUACCUGCAGCUGUGCCCCACUCUGGACACACGGGAAGACCUCUUCACCUACUGGGAAAAGCUCGUGUACCUCCUGCGACCACCAGUGGACAGCAACAGCAGUACCUACGCCCUCCCAGCGGACAUGCUUUGCAUGCCUGUGUUUGAAGAAGAGGACAAGAGGAGCCCAGCAGGGGCGGAUUUCCAAGGAAAGGGCCAUCAGGAUCAGGUCAGCAUCAGGAGCCUCCACGUGGUCUCCGAGGUGGCCGGGGCCACCUCUGCAGCUUUUGCAGGUGGGGAGGGGACCCGUCAGGCCUCCCACAAACCCGAUGCAGCCGCCGCCACCCCAAAACCUGCAGAGCUCCACAGGGAGUCGGCAGCAGAGCCACACGUAGAGCUGGCGGCGGCCGUGGCAGCUCGGGAGGCGGCGGGGGCGGCAGCGGUGGUGACAGGAGGGACGGCCGUGGGGUUCGCAGCAGGGAUCGCAGCGGACACCGCGGCAGGCGCUUUGAGCGUGGCCUUGACCAAGUCAGCCGCCCCGGAUCGGCUAGGCGCGGCCGUAGCAGGUGCAGCCACCGCGGGGCCGGGAGGAAGCAGGACCAACCUAGCCAUUGCGGGCACCGCCAACUUCUCCCCGGAGAGCAGGAACCUGGCCUUGGCAGGUGCCGCGAAGAUCCCCGGGUUUACUUCCGGCUCGUCGACCAGCCUCUCCCAGCCGGCCCGCAGGACCCCGACCUUCGCAGGGACAGAGGGCGCCCGCAAGACUGUGGCGGGAAACGUGGAGAGAGCGCUCCUCUCCGACGCGCAGAGCGGAGUUGCGGAGGGUGAGCAGGCGGGAAGGCAGCCGCGCCACGGCCAGAGGGAGCGCAGGGACAAGGAGCGAACCUUUCGGGACUCCCGUCGCCGCAGGGCAGCCGACACGCGCCACAAGGCCGGGGGGGACAAGACCAACCGGAAAGCCUCCGGGCGGUCCUUAGCCGGCCACAGAGCCGCGAGGGAGGACAAGGACAAGGCCCGCGGCAGCCCCGGGGGCGGGAGGCGAGCCCCCCACAAAGGCAUCGGCCACGCUCCCAUCCCCAAGGAGUCCAGGGCCUCCCACAAAUCGGAGCGGAGCUUAUCCACCGCCAGCUCGGGGUUAGCCACCAAGAGACUGGGCAGGAUCGGGUUGUUCCUGAGGAACGUCAAAGCCAACCUUACUACCAGGACCACGGGCUCCCUACGCGGCAGAGACGUGGACGUGCUGCCUAAGGCGGUGGACAGGAGCGGGCUGGAGGCCAUCGAGGCCUCGGAGAACUGCCAGGGCCUGGAGAGCGCGGGGAGAGGGACAUCUGACAUUAUGGAGACAGUGACCUUCAAAGCCCCUUAGUAGGGCUUUCCUCACAGCAGUUUAAAUAAAGAACCAUAUAA